AUGUUGGCUGCCCCCUUCUACAUGGGUGAACCGAAAUUAUCCCAAGAUAAUAUAGGCCUUAAACCCUCGAAAGAGAAACAUGAGACUUUCCUGGGUAUCACGUCGAUGACCGGACUCGUGUUGCGGGCUGCGGAGCGUUUGCGAAUCAACAUCGAAGUCAAGCCUAGUCUCUACAAGCGGACUUUGGAAAAUGUGACCACAAGCAUAAUUCCAGUUGCGUGGAUCGAGGAGCGCAUGGAGGUGACGGUCUCAUUCAUGGGCUUAAUCAAGAAGGAAUUGGUUCGUCCGCGGAAUUUAGAUACCGUUGAAUGCUCUCUCGCAGUGCUGAUCGGAGGUCUCUCAACAGUGAUCGUGAUCGCUGUAUCCUGCAUAAGAGACGCUAAAUACUCCAGAUCUUUUGCUCUCCAAGCAAUCAGCACCAAUGACCUUCGGGGAGGUCCCGGGAAUGAAGAGGCUAAGCCGGGAGAUCUUGAAAAACCUACCCUCUCCCCCAAAACGGCUCCGAAAUAG